AUGGAAGUCAAUGAAGAAGUUGCCGAUAAGAUAGCAGAGUUGGCUUCCGAGUACUAUAGGAAGCUAAAACCCUCGGCAAAGCCUACUGUUCGGUCAAAUGGUACCAAAGAAUGGAAUGUCUUAGCUUGCGUGGUGGCCAUUAAUCGUGCAAAUGAAGACUUAAGAUUGGUGUCUUUAGCAACCGGAGUCAAGGCAGCUCCCAACGAGGACUUAAAAAGAAGCAACGGAAGGAUUCUUCAUGACUGUCAUGCAGAAAUUUUGGCACUCCGCGGCUUCAAUGCUGUGCUUUUGAAGCAGAUACAGCUUUUGAAAGAUUCACAGUCGCACCCAGUCCCCGAUUUGGUUUCAUCGUCCAGCGACAAUUCGGGCAUCUACAGACUUAACGAAGAAUGGUCAUUUGCGCUAUAUAUAUCCAGAGCUCCCUGCGGAGACGCAAGCAUGGGGCUGCUGUAUGAUGAAGGUUGCAUUUCGUUUACGGACGAUGACCGUUGCCAGUAUGUUGAUGACAACAAUAAAACUAUUAUACGGGGGAGAUUCAAUUAUGCAAAAAAAGGCUACGUGAGAACUAAGCCUGGCCGGAAGGACUCUAAAGUAACUUUAUCAAAGUCUUGCACCGAUAAACUUUGCUCGAAACAAGUUUUAUCCAUUUUGAACUCGUUAACCUGGGACCUACUCGAGGCUCCGGUGUUCCUUGAAUACAUAGUUAUUCCACAAUUGCCCCGCGUGGCUGAAGCGGAUUUUGAACGCGCAUUUGACACCAGAAUAAAAGAUUCCGUUCCGAUGGAAAAAGUGCAAAUACUCUCGUGCUCACAACGCUUUGAUGAUGACAAGACUUACGAAAAUCAGCCGCCUUCACUGAUGAGUAGUAUUCUGCUCAACAUUAUUGAGGGCCAGGUAACACAACAGCAGUCAAUAUUAAAUGGCGUGAAGUGUGGAGCGUUUGUUAAGCCGCCCAAUCCUCUAAAGAAAAACUGCGAGACGGUAGUAAGUCGAGCAUCACAGUGGAGCUUGUUUAAACAGAUAAAAGGGGGCGUCGACUCUCAAACUUACCGAGAGUUCAAAAGUCAGCAAACCGACAGAAACGCUCUAAAAGAAAGGAUACGUCUAGCUCUUUCCAAAGACGGGUGGGUGGGCACAGAAUCAGAUGAUUGUGGUUAA